AUGAAGCGUCUAAAUAUUGUGAUAUUUUUAAUAUUGAUGUUUUUCAUUCAAUUUGAUUCGAUAAUUAUGAAACAAAAUUUCAAUCAAACAUCAUCAUUCGAUGAUGAUGAUGAUGAUGGUGAAGAAUUAAUUUUAACUGAAACUGAAAUAGAUCAUCAACGUAAUGCACGUAUGAUGAUGAUGAAGAUGAUGAAUAAUCAAACUUUGAAUCAUCAUUAUUGUGAUGAUGGCUGGAUAUCAUUCAAGAAUAAAUGUUAUUUCUUUCAUAAUGAUAUGAUCGGUGCCAAUAUACAUGAAGCAAUCAAUAUCUGUGAACGUUAUCAUCAUUCACAUCUAUUACAAAUCGAUUCGAUUGAUGAAACACGAUUUCUUCGAUCAUAUUUAUUCGAAAAACUUGAACUAAAAUUUUCAAUAUGGCUUAGUUUAAUACGAAAAAAUUCUACACAUUUUAUGUGGUUAAAUAAUCGUCGUCCAUUAUAUCGACUUAAUAAUUCAUCAUCAUCAGGUGAUAAUAAUAAUGAUGAUGAUGAUGAUAAUAAUAAUCAUUGGUCAUCAUUUACAUAUUGGGCACCAAAUGAACCAAAUAAUCUAAAUUCAAAACAUUAUUGUGUUGUAAUGAGUUCAGAAAAACAGGAUUUAUUAUUUGGCCGUUGGUAUGAUGUAACCUGUUCGGAUGCAUUUUUGGUCGUUUGUGAACAUAGUAAUAAUAAUAGUGAUGACAAAAAUAAUCAAACUAAAUCUAUAAUAUCAUAUGAAAAUGAUGAUGGCGUCACAAGAUCGUUGAAUUUAUUAGACUCACAAACAUCCGAUUCGAAUGUUGAUAAUCGACAACAACAACAACUACAACAUCCAUGUCAUUCGAUUGUUCAAUUAAAACAACAAUAUCCUGAUCCAACGACCGUUCAUUUUAAUCAUGCAUUUAUGAUUGAAACAACCGAUAUUUAA